GCCACUCUCGUCAAAAUACAAUGUCAAUUUAACACUUGUCUUACUCACCACACUUAAACCAAUGCACAUAAACACAAAACAACAUCGAAUACACUUUUGAGUUUUCAAUGGACUGAGAAGAUCAACUUCUUGGUCCCUCUUCUACCUGGCCUAUGUGUUCAAGAGGAGGAGACAAUGAGCACCUCAUUUUUCGGUUUUAAGCUUCAUUCUUCUCUGAAAUACAGCGACACUAUCAACACCAAACAUUUGCAGAGAAGGGUGUUCCACAAAAGCAAAAGCUUCACUGUAUCUGCGAGACAAUGUGACCCAGUAAGGCAAGUUUUUACCUUUUGUGGUCAAAAUGUAAAUUUGUUGAGGAUAAACCUUGUUUCCACAAAAGGGUCUAGGUUGAAAUGUACAGGGGGAAAAGAAAAACCACCAUUUUCUUCAAGCGUGAGUUUUCUGACCCGUUUGUGGAAAAAAGGGCUUCUUUUGUUUAGGGCCUCUGUUUACAUUGUUGUUAUAUCUGGUUUGUGUCUCUUGGUUUGGUUUGGAAAGAGUAAAGCAAAGGAUUAUGUUGAAGCCAGUUUAUUGCCUUCUGUUUGUUUGGUAAUCAGUGAGUACAUUCAGCGUGAUUUUCAGUUUGGUAAGGUUAGGAGAAUCUCUCCGUUGAGUUUAACAUUGGAGUCAUGUUCAUUUGGGCCUCAUAAGGAGGAAUUUUCUUGUGGGGAGGCUCCUAGUGUUAAGAUUCGUCUUCACCCUCUUGCAAGUUUGAGGAGGGGGAAGUUGGUUGUUGAUGCAGUUUUGUCAAAUCCAAGUAUCUUGGUUGUGCAGAAGAAGGACUAUAGUUGGUUAGGAGUACCGUCGACGAAUGGUGGCGUUCAGAGGCACUUGUCUACUGAAGAAGGGAUAGAUUAUCGUACUCGAAUGAAGAGGGUUUCGCGAGAGGAAGCGGCUGUUAGGAUGGCAAAAGAAAGGGAUGAUGCAGCUAGGGAAGCUGCAGAGAAGGGUUACUUUGUUUCAGGGCAGCAUUGUGGUCCCUCCCAAGGUGAUGAUUUAGAGGAGAUUGGAAGUCAUUCGAUAGAAGCCGCUGGCUCCAGACCCUUUUUCUGUACAAAUGAGGGGAAGCAUGAUCAUCAUAUCAUGGACACAGAUAUUGAUUAUGAUAUGAACCAUGCAGAUUUGGAAAAAUCAUUUGGAGUGAAGUUUCCUGGUUCAGGGCUUAACUCUUGGUCCAGAGUCAUGAAAGGGUGUUGGGAGCACAGGUUUAAAAGGAAGGCUACAAGAAGUGACAUUUCUGCAUCUGGUGUUGCUCUCAGAAGAAGAAUUCUUGAAUGCAGUGCAUUAGCAGCACAUACAUACUUUUGUGAUCGUGAUCAAUCACAUGGAAAGUUUGGGGGGCCUUCAACUUCUUCUGGAUGUUUUCAUUCUAUUAAUCAUGGCACACAUUUGGUAAAUAGUGAAGUGGACAGAAGAAUACCAGAAUCUGUUGCCAGUGGUGAUGGUAAUAGAGGUGAUGAUAACCACAAUGGAACACAAUCCACAGAUCUGGAAACCUGGUCUCCAUCAGUUAAUGAAAAUGUUAGUGACCAUUCAGAUUGCUUAAAAACUGUAAGUGAUCUAAAUUUACAGACAAGAGGAGAGAGUAAUUGUGAGUCUAAUGAGGAUGUCGCAGAACGUGUAGAUGGGGUAAAUGUUCUGCAGUCUGAAGGCCGUACUAACACUCUUCCUAUUACAUUGGAUUCUGUUCAUUUCAGAGGUGCAACUGUGAUGCUACUUGCAUACGGCGACAGGGAAGUUAGGGAGAUAGAGAAUGUCAAUGGCCAUGUGAAGUUUCAUAACGACUACAGCCGUAUAUAUGCACAAUUGAGUGGAAAUUGCAAGACAUGGAGGUCAGGUGUUAUAUGCGAGGAUGGUGGCUGGUUGUCUGCCAAUGUUUUUGUUGAUACUAUUGAGCAGACAUGGCAUUCUAAUUUGAAAGUUGACAAUCUUUUUGUUCCGCUGUUUGAGAGGAUCCUAGAAAUUCCAAUUAAAUGGUCUAAAGGGAGGACCAGUGGUGAGGUUCAGUUGUGCAUGUCAAAGGGUGACACUUUUCCAAAUCUUCAUGGACAGCUUGAUGUGACAGGAUUGAACUUCGAACUAUUAGAUGCUCCAUCGUGUUUUUCUAACAUAUCAGCAAGGUUGUGUUUUCGUGGUCAAAGAAUAUUUUUACACAAUGCAAGUGGCUGGUUUGGAAGCAUUCCUCUUGAAGGAUCAGGAGAUUUUGGAAUUCAUCCUGAGGAGGGGGAAUAUCAUCUUAUGUUUCAGGUACCUGGUGUUGAAGUGAAUGCCUUGAUGAGAACUUUCAAUAUGAGAUCACUCCUGUUCCCGGUAGCAGGAUCAGUAACUGCUCUGUUUAAUUGUCAAGGCCCAUUGGGUGCUCCUAUAUUUGUGGGCACUGGAAUGGUUUCCAGGACAUUCUCUUCUUCACAUGUUGAAACUCCUGCAUCUGUAGCAUCUGAAGCACUUGCUAAAUUUAAAGAGAUUGGUGCAUUGGCAGCAUUUGAUUGUAUACCAUUUUCAUAUGUAUCUGCCAAUUUUACUUUCAACACCGAUAACUGUGUCGCAGAUUUAUAUGGAAUUAGGGCAAGCCUUGUGGAUGGUGGGGAAGUUCAGGGGGCUGGGACUGCUUGGAUAUGCCCAGAGGGUGAGGAGGAUGAGACAGCAAUAGAUUUAAACUGCUCCGGAAGUUUAGCCCUUGAAAAAAUCAUGCUUCGUUACGUUCCCAAUUAUCAUAAUCUGUUGCCACUUAAUUUAGGGGCUAUACAUGGAGAGUCAAAACUUUCGGGAUCUCUUAAAAGACCGAGGUUUGAUAUAAAAUGGACUGCACCUACAGCAGAAGGGUCUUUUAGUGAUGCUAGAGGAAAUCUCAUAAUCUCACAUGAUUUCAUUAUUGUUAAUUCUGCUUCAGCUGCAUUGGAUUUGUAUAUGAAAGUACGAACAUCUUAUUCUGAUGACUUUUCCCUCAAAAGAGAAGAGUUUCAUGUACCAAGAGCCAUUCCAUUGACUGUUGAUGGAGUUGAGUUCGAUUUACACAUGUGUGGGUUUGAACUCUUCAGUUUGGAUACUUAUGCAUUGGAUUCUCUGAGGCCUUUGCUUCUCAAAGGAACUGGUAGAAUCAAAUUUCAGGGCAAGGUUUUAGAACCUGAUUGUACUAUGGUGGAACAAAAUUUUGACAAAAACAGGCAGCUUGUUGGUGAGGUUUCAAUCUCUGGUCUCAAACUGAACCAAUUGAUGCUUGCACCUCACCUGUCUGGAUUGUUGAGAAUUUCUCCUCAGUGUAUCAAGUUGGAUGCCUCUGGUAGGCCUGAUGAAAGUCUUGCAGUGGAGUUUAUUAGCCCACUAGAGCCCAGUGACCAAGAUGGUCUGCGAAGUGGGCAGCUAUUGUCAAUUUUCCUUCAGAAGGGGAAAUUGAGGGCCAAUGUAGGUUUCCAACAAUAUCAUUCAGCUAGCUUGGAGAUACAGAAUUUUCCACUAGAUGAGCUGGAGCUUGCUUCUCUCAGGGGAACCAUACAGAGGGCAGAAAUCGAGUUUAAUCUUAAAAAAAGAAGGGGACAUGGAAUCCUAUCUGUACUUCAACCAAAAUUCAGUGGUGUUCUUGGUGAAGCUCUAGAUGUGGCAGCUAGGUGGAGUGGAGAUGUCAUCACCAUUGAAAAAAUUAUUUUCCAGCAAAGCUACAGUCAUUAUGAACUUCAAGGUGAAUAUGUGUUGCCUGGCACUCUCAACUGUAACCCUGUUGAUGGAAAAGGGAAUGGCUUUUUAAAUAGGCUAGUGUCUGGCAAUCUUGGUAGUGUUGUAUCCUCCAUGGGCAGAUGGAGAAUGAAACUUGAAGUUCGUAAAGCUGAAAUUGCUGAGAUGCUUCCUCUUGCAAGGCUUCUUUCUAGAAGUACAGAUCCUGCAAUUGUUUCAAGAUCAAAGGAUUUUUUUAUUAAAAGUUUGCAGUCAGUGGGGAUAUAUUCGACAAGCCCUGAAGAACUGCUUGAGAUAAUAAGGAGGCAUACUGCCCCAUCAUAUGAUGUUGUCCAUGAAGAUUUAAGUCUGCUCGGUUUAUCUGAACCCAAAGGAUACUGGCAUGGUUCUCUUGAUGCAAGUGGUGGAGGGAGUGGAGACACCCUGGCAGAGUUUAAUUUUCAUGGCGAGGAUUGGGAGUUGGGAGACUACAAAGCUCAGCGCGUCGUGGCAGUAGGUGCUUACGGUAAUGAUUAUGGUCUGCACCUGGAGAAUUUUUUUAUCCAGGAGGAUAAUGCCACCAUUCAUGCUGAUGGAACUUUGUUAGGGCCUAAAACCAACCUUCAUUUUGCUGUCUUAAAUCUUCCUGUUAGUCUAGUCCCAACUAUAGUUCAGAUCAUUGAAUCUACAACAACAGAUGUUGUCCAUUCUUUGCGGCAAUUGUUAGCACCCAUUAAGGGUAUCUUGCAUAUGGAAGGAGAUCUUAGAGGAAGUUUAACAAAACCAGAAUGUGAUGUGCAAAUAAGGCUCCUAGAUGGUGCCAUUGGUGGAAUAGAUCUUGAACGAGCAGAAGUUGUUGCUUCUCUAACCUCAACCAGCCGGUUUCUAUUCAAUGCAAAGUUUGAACCUGUAAUACAAAAUGGUCACGUGCUAAUUCAAGGAAGUAUUCCUGUUACUUUUGUUCAAAAUAACAAGUUACAACAAGAUGCAGAAUUAGAUAAUAGUAGGGCUACUUGGAGUCCUGAUUUGGUGAAGGAGAAGAAUAAAGUGGCCGCCGAUGAUGCCAGAGACAAGAAUGUUUCUAAAGACAGAAAUGAAAAAGGUUGGAAUUCUCAAUUAUCAGAAAGCCUUAAAGGUUUAAAUUGGCAAAGUUUAGAUGUUGGAGAAGUCAGGGUCGAUGCUGAUAUAAAAGAUGGGGGAAUGAUGCUGGUAGCAGCUUUAUCUCCUUAUGCCAAUUGGCUUCAUGGAAAUGCCGAUGUCAAGCUUGAGGUCAGAGGUACAGUUGAUCAACCAUUGCUUAAUGGACAUGCAUCAUUCCGCAGGGUGUCUAUAUCUUCACCAGUGUUCCGAAAGCCACUGACCAACUUUGGUGGAACUGUUAACAUUAAAUCAAACAGGUUUUCUAUCAUCUCACUGGAGAGCAGACUGGGCAGAAAAGGAAAGCUUCUUGUAAAAGGGAACCUUCCUCUCAGAACUAGAGAGGCAGCCCUUCAUGACAAGAUUGAGUUGAAGUGUGAAGUUCUAGAAGUGCAGGCAAAAGAUAUAAGUGGCCAGGUCGACUCCCAGGUGGAAAUAACUGGUUCCAUUUUGCAACCAAUCAUUUCUGGAAAUAUUAAACUUAGUCAUGGAGAAGUAUAUUUGCCCCAAGAUAGGGGUAGUGGUGGUGCCUCUAAUAGAUUCACUUCAAAUAGGUCUGUGCUUCCUGCUGGUGGUGUUAGUCAAGCAUUUGCUACAGGAUAUAUGUCACGGCAUUUUGGCUCAGGACCUGCUUCUUUGACGACCAGAAAUUCUCAGUCCUCUAGCCCUGUCAAUGAGUCAACUCAUGUAGAAAAGGACAGGGAGCAAGUGCAGAUAAAACCACACAGAGAAUUCCACCUAAGUGAUUUGAAGCUAAUGCUUGGACCUGAGUUGAAUAUAGUUUAUCCUUUGAUUCUUAAAUUCGCUGUUAGUGGGGAGCUUGAGUUGAAUGGUAUCGCCCAUCACAAAUAUAUAAGACCUAAGGGUACACUGGUAUUCGAGAACGGUAAAGUUGAGCUUGUUGCAACACAGGUGAGGUUAAAGAAAGAGCAUCUGAACACUGCGAAGUUUGAGCCUGAGUAUGGACUAGAUCCUAUGCUAGAUUUAGCCUUGGUUGGAUCUGGGUGGCAAUAUAGGAUUCAAAGCCGGGCUAGCAAUUGGCAGGACCCUGUGGAACAGGAUGCUCUGUCACAUAUUGAGGCUGCCAGAAGGUUUGAGAGUCAGUUAGCAGAAACGAUUUUGGAAGGCAAUGGCCGACUUGCAUUUGAAAAGCUUGCAACUGCUACUCUUGAAAAGUUAAUGCCGCGAAUAGAAGGGGAGGGAGAAUUUGGCCAGGCCAGGUGGAAGCUAGUGUACUCACCUCAGAUACCAAGUUCAGUUUCUGCUGAUCCUGCUGCAGAUCCUUUCAGGUUACUUGCCAGUAAUUUAUCAUUCGGUACAGAUGUUGAAGUCCAGCUUGGGAAACGUCUUCAGGCUAGAAUCUUGAGGCAAAUGAAGGAGUCAGAGAUGGCAACACAGUGGACCUUGAGCUAUCAACUUACAAGUCGUUUGCAUUUGCGCCUACAGUCCGCCCCAUCCAAGUGCAUUUUUUUCGAAUACUAUGCUCCAUUCUAAGAUUGACAAUGCUAUCUGCUAGAAAUCUUCCUAUUACUUAAAAAAUGUAGAAGUAAAUCCAUUCAAUAUUGUUUACUAACAACAUUCAAUACUUUCUUUUAGUAAUUAGGAGAAUUAGUAAAAGAAACAAGUGGGAGGAUCUAGCAUUAUUGUUUUAGGCAAAUGCAGCUUAAAUACGUACAUUCCAUACUAAACUUACCUCACAUAUUGGUUUGAAGGAAAGGGGAAUCUUCAGGGUACUCUUCUAUGUGUAAAAUAUUAUUUUUCUCAAAUUGAGUAGGUGCUCAUAUUUGUAUAGAAAUCAAUAUCAAUGACAGAAACUUUAGCACGAUUAGAUAGGAUGAAGAUAAAGUUUAGCUGUGUAAGAGAGGUGUAUCUUUCAGCCUCACCAGCCUCGUGUAGUAC